ACUGGAGCAGCAGGCUGUCUACUCUACCGUCGUCUUUCUCUUAUCAGCAUUGAAAAUGCCAUGAACAUGCCGUGGUAAGUGGGGAGACAGUGGUCUGAUGACCUGCAGGAUGCAUCCCUCUGCAGAACACGGGGCCCCUGAAGAGCUCGGAGCCCCCGCAGGAGAGUUGAAGCUUAAUUGUGGUGUUGAGUUCCCCUGAUCGUCGGAACCCGCCAAUCGGUGAAAUCCAUGCUAAGACAUUGCGGUUAAUAUCUCUCCACCGGAGAAUUGACAUCCUGGCUGCCCCUGUAUAUUAAACGGCACUUUCUCAAUACGACGGCCCCAUGCAGUCAGACAAUAUGCGGUCACUACUUGUCGCCCUCGCUGGCUUUCUCGGGGCUUCUGCCCUGGAUGCCGACUCCAUCUUGACCCAGUAUUUUGGCAACGAUGCGCCAUGGUAUAGUGAUCGUAUUCCUCUCUUUGAGACCGAUCUCUCCGACAUCCAAGAUGUUUACUACUACCGCUGGGGUGUCUUCCGGGCUCACCAGCGGGACCUCGGUUCUUACGGCUACAUCACGACCGAGUUUCUCAACGACGUGAGCUGGCAGGAAGAACCCUGGGCGCUUCUGAUUGAUGCCUCCAACUUUCACCUACGCGAAGGCCGCUGGUGUCGUGAUCGUCGCUUCACCAGUGACUAUUCUUCCUUUCUCUUUGGCCCUAAUGGCGACCCUUAUCAAUUCUCCGAGUCCAUGGCCGACGGUGUCUGGCAGGCCUACCUUGUCAAUGGCGCUGCCGACGACGCCACACCGCUGUUGGCCUCAAUGCAAACCGUCUACGCCGGGUGGAAUUCCACCACCCUCGGGGUGGGUGGCUACGACACUUCCAAAGGUCUCUAUUGGAUCCAGCCGUUGACCGACGCGACGGAGUACACCAUCGCCAGUAUCGACGCAUCGGGCGGCGAGGACGGCUUUACCGGGGGAUAUGCCUUCCGUCCCAGCAUCAACAGCUACCAGUACGCCAAUGCAUUGGCCAUCGCCCAUAUUGCCAAUCUCACCGGGGACACUGCUGUCCGCGAAGAAUACACCCAGCUGGCGAGUGCCCUAAAAACACGUCUACAGGACGACCUCUGGAACAGUACUUUUGAGCACUUUAUCGACCGCUACAAGGAGGACAACAACUACGUCACUUACUGGGACUUUAUCCGAGGCCGUGAACUGGUUGGCUAUGUGCCCUGGGCGUAUGACGUCCUCGACGACAACACGACCUAUGCAGCAUCAUGGAGCCACCUCCUCAACACAAGCGAGCUGGCAGGCGUGCACGGACUCCGCACCAACGAACCCAGCUACCAGUACUACAUGGUGCAGUAUCGCUACGACGGCACCCAUCCGGAAUGCCAAUGGAACGGGCCGGCCUGGCCGUACCAGACCACGCAGGCGUUGACCGGCCUGGCCAACCUCUUCGAUCACUACCCUCUCUCCGCUGCGACAGGCGUCAUCACCACCGCUGACUACACCAACAUCCUCCUGCAAUACGCCAAGCUGCAUUACAACCCUGCUCGUGGGGGUAUCCUCGACAUCGAAGAAGACUACUACUCGGACACGGGCAGCCCCAUCGUAGGUCUUCCACGCUCGCCGCACUACUUCCACUCGGGGUUCGUAGACCUCAUCCUGACGGGCUACGUGGGGAUCCGGCCGCGCGCCGACGAUGUGCUGGAAGUCAAUCCGCAGGCGGACGCAUCCACGGUCAGCUAUUUCCGGGCCGAAAGGAUCCUCUACCAUGGACACGAGGUGGUCGUGCAAUGGGACGCGACUGGGGAUCAGUACGGGACGGCGGGCCUGGUCGUCGAAGUGGACGGUACCACCGUCGCCACCAGCUCCAAGCUCACCCGACUCACUGUCGAUAUUGCCGCCGCGUCGGCCCCAGCAUUCUCCAGUCCUAUCGCAGUGUCAGUCCAACUCGCGUCGGAUAGCGAGUACCCCCGAGGCAGCGUGUCGGUAGCAGAUGCCGACACGGACGCAGUGCACGGGGCCAUCGACGGACGGAUCUGGUUCUAUCCACAGGUUGAGGUCGCCAAUGGGUGGGACAGUCCCGUCGGCAAUGGUACGGAAGUGUGGUACCAGGUGGAUUUCGGCAACGUGACGCAGACGGCGCGCGCGGAGAUUGCUUUUUUUACCAACAGUACCCAGGGAUAUGAUGUGCCGGAGAGUUAUCGGGUGCAGAGUAAUGCCACGGGGGGGUGGACGGAUGUAAGUCGUGGGAAUUAUAGUACGGCCGUGGCGAAUGGGAUUACAACGGCGUCGUGGGAGGUGGUCAGCACGGCGGCGGUGCGGUUGGUGUUUACGCCGAAGACGGGGGAGAUGGUGCGAUUGGUGGAGUGGAAGGUGUUUUCUAGUUAGUAUUCUGUAUGUGACAUGACUGAAGG